GAGAGAAACAGAGAAGGCAGAGCGAGGCAGAGAAGCUUCUCUGCUUUGCACAGCUCUGCACGCCGUAGGCAGUGGGAAAUUUACCUAUGAUCGUAGUGGAUGUAACCUCAAAGAAAAGUCGAAAUUCGUCGAUCGGUCAAUUGCCCGCAGUAGGCCGCAACAAUCCGCAUCCACAAAGGAUCGUCUACCUUCCUUGCAUAACCGGUUUAGUGGGGAACAUGCGUAUUCCAGGAGUUAUCGCCUGACUCAAGGCUGAAGGACGGGGCCGACGUCGCUCAAUGAUGGGGUGCACAAAGAAGGAAUUACGAUAAACCAGUUAUGCUUCCCUCGACUGGUUACUUCAAAACUAUCAAUUGCCCGUUUUACGAGAGCGGAUCUUGCGAUAGGCCCUACUGUCACUUCAAACAUGCUCGAAGAGAAGAUGCAGCAGGACUACCUGCUGUGGCUGGAUCAACGUCGGUUCAAGCGGUGGCAGGGAACAAAGCCGGAGGAUCCUCCACCUCUGGUAUUAAUUCAGGUCCGGAUAUGUUACAACAAUUAGUGUCCGAGGCUGUGAAAAAAGUUCUCGCCCAACAAGAAGUUACGAAUACUGAGAAGUUUUCAGAAACUAUAGUGACUAAAGUGGUAGAGGAACUUAAGCCUAGUUUAACGUCGCAUUCAUUGGCAUCUACCUCUGCUGCUUCCAUAAACUCUGUUGUACCAAGCUUGAUUGGUAAACACAUCGGUGUACCACCAUCGGUGCCGAAGCAUACUCCAUGCGUUUAUAAUCCAACACCUAUUGCGGAAUUAAAGAAGCGACAUAUCCCAGUAGCUUCGUAUAUGCCUACAAGGGAAAAUAGAGUUGCAGUAAAACGCAAAAGUUCACCAGAAAGGUGUAAACCCUGGAGUACACAUACAUUACAAGAAUCGGAUAGUCCUAGAGAGGCUGAAAUUACUUAUAAACCAACCGCUAUCAGUGGUUCUAGCGAUGGAUCAGUAAUUCAAGGUUAUGUUCCAACGAUGAAGUUUGAUUCUUCAUCACCUAUAAACUCGUACGAUGGUAGUAACUCAAGUGAUUAUUCGUCAAAAAUAAAAGAGGCAUACUAUCCUAAGUCAAAGAAAAGGAGAGAGGAAUAUGUGCCUAGAAAAGUCAAAGCCCCUUUAAAAAAUAUGGAACAGUUUGAUGAUAAGAUUUUGGAGAAUUUUCAAUCAAAUUAUCCAAUGAUCAAUGAUGUUAUAGCUGAUAGUUCAAGUCCCUAUGUUCCCGGUAGUGACGAUUCUGAAGAUGGCAUCGUGGAUAUAGAACCAAAGUUUUCAGACGAGGAACCAAUUGAUGACAAUGCAGAUAAUAAUACUGGUGAUGACAAACCAAUGGAACAAGAAGAUAUUAAUACAAGCAAAAGCUUGGAAGAAAAGGAGAAUAAAAAUGAUUAUAUUAAGGCUGAAAUUAUAAAUGAAAUUGUGCGCGAUUUAAAGCACAAAGAAAAAUCUGACAAUACUCAAAAAGAUGGCUAUAAAAGUGUCGAUCGAUUUAACAGGGGAAGACAUGACAGUGAUAAUAAGCAUUCACAUGAUCAUAAAAACUCUGACAAAAAACAUAAAGGUAAAUCCAAAGAGACUUCAAAUAGUGAAUCAAAGCAUGACAACGAAAAGUCUAAAAGAGAUCAUAAAAGCAGCAAGGAUUGCGAUAAGGAGUUAAAAAAUAAGAGUCAUCAUGAGAGAAGUAGCAAGGAGAAGCACAAACAUUCUUCGCAUGGUGAAAAACGAGAAAGAUCUUCAUCAUCCAGCAAGGAUAAAGAUAAAGAUAAGCAUAAGAGUUCUCGAAGCGAUAAAGACAAUUCCAAUAAGACUAAGCAUAAUUCGAGCUCUCAUAAGAGUACUUCCUUGAAAGAAGAGCAAAGCAAUAAAGAUCGUCAUAAGUCAAGUAGUUCGGAGAAACAUAGGCAUAAGUCAAGCUCGUCAAGCUCUAAGACUGGGAAGCAUUCAUUGGAGAAGAACUCGGAAGAGAGACAGUCUCGAUCUAAUCAUUCAUCUAGAAACUCAAGCAGAAAAUCCAAGAGAAGAAAGAGCAGUAGUAAAGAGAGAAUCAUAACCGAUCAGGAAGAUAAAUCCAACAGUCCAUGGAAUAGUUUAUCCACAUUUUUGGAUGACGACAUCUUGGCAGAAUCCGAGUCGGAUCAUGAUGUAGAAGAAGAGUGCUUAAAAAUAUUUCAGGAAUAUGAAGUUUCAGAUCAUCCUAAAGAAGUCAAAGAACCACCAAAAAGAGAAGUUUCCCAGGUGAUCGAAGAUCAUGGAAAGAAGAGGGUUGCACACCCAUCGGCUGAGACUUCAGUGGUCCGACAAGUCGGGCCCUCUCAGCCACCGAAGAGACUUACCAACCCUCAACAGCGCAUGUACGAGAGAUGGAGAUUAAUGAAAGAAGCUGCGGCGGAACAAGUAGCGAAAAAAGCAGAUGAGAAUGCGACGCAAGUGCAAGGCGACUUAGAUACCCAUGUAGCACCCGUUUCCCAAAAUACAGCUGUCAAUCCAACAGCGUCGUCUACCAAAGCGCCACUCGCUACAGGGAACAUUAAACAAACCCCGCAGUCUGAAAACGGUCGAGUUAGAAUCGCCCAUGUCCCCUACGCGAUGUCUAUCGCUGUGACCAAAAAGAGAGUUCCCGACUCUGCACCAAAGGUGGCAGAAGACAAUAGAACGACAGCUCAAACCUCCAAGGGUGGCUCUCGGGUCGCGCACGUUCCUCAAGUGGUACCGCAGCUCGUUCGUCCGGAACCACUUCAAAGUUCGACUCAGAAAUUCUCGUUGAACGUGAGACAGUAUUACGUCAACAUGAUGCAGGACAUAUGCAUGCAGAUCUACACGAGUGGAGAGGACGCGGCGCAGCGAGCUAUCCAGGAGGAAUUCGCUUGCUACGAACGGUGUAAAGCUGUGGCCGUGUACAAAAGCUCCUGCAUGUUAGCAGCUCACAGGCUGCGGAAGGAAAUAGAUCAGCGGUCGAAUGAAAAUUCCGCACCGCCAAGUUCGGGAAUGAUGUCUCAUGAACUCGUCCUUGCUGGAAAGUCACGGGGAUCUUGGAGCGUGGUGAAAACUAAACGAGCCGUUACCGAUAUUAAAGGGACCACGUUGUACAUGAUGCUCGGAAAGUGGAUCCUGACGGAGCAACAAUUGCGAGACAAUGGUUAUCCAAGACCUCAUCCGGAUGGACCAACCGGGCGAGCUAAGGUCUACGUCACGAAUACGCGGAACCAGACGAUAUUGUCCAAAGUGCCUAACGAAAGAUUCUGUAGUCGGUGCGGUCAGACUUACAUGGUGGACAAAACUGGAAUGGCAGUUCAGCAGCAGAACUGUAUAUUCCACUGGGGAAGAAAGUUUACAAUUAGGGGCGAGGGGAAGUACAGCUGUUGUCAGCAAUAUGGCUCCGCCUCUGGUUGCUGCGAUGCCAAAAGUCACGUAUGGGAUUAUGUUGAUUACGAGAACCUGCGAGGCUACGUUAAGACGUUACCCAAAGAUGGCCCUGACGAGAAACAGGGUGUUUACGCACUUGACUGCGAAAUGUGUUACACGACACAAGGAUUGGAACUCACUAGAGUAACUGUUAUCAAUGAAGAUUGCAACGUUAUCUAUGAAACGUUGGUCAAGCCUGAAAAUCCUAUUAUCGAUUAUAAUACAAGAUUUUCAGGAAUUACCGAGGAAAACAUGAAAGAUGUGACUACCACAAUUCUCGACGUGCAGGCGACCCUGCUCACAAUGUUUUCCGAUAAAACGGUAUUAGUGGGACACAGCCUCGAAAGUGAUUUCAAGGCAUUAAAAUUGAUUCAUGAAACAGUCGUUGAUACCAGUGUUAUGUUUCCUCACAAAAAUGGCUAUCCCCAUAAAAGGGCAUUAAAAAACCUUUGUUCCGAGUAUUUGCGUAAAAUCAUUCAGAACGAUGUAGGUGGACAUGACAGCAACGAAGAUGCCGUUGCUUGCAUGGAACUUAUCCUGUGGAAAGUUAAGGAAGAAGCGAAGGUGUAAUAAAAGAGCGAUUAACUUCUGAAAAUCUGAAGACAAUUUGUAAGGAAAAAACUGCACAACGGUGUACUCCCCUGUAUUUUGUUUACGACUCUCCGAAUAGUAUUACACGAUUGUACUGCCGUAUGUAUUAUAGUUUUCAUGUAUAAAUAUGUAAUAUAUGCCAUUUAUGAUUGCACAAUUAUUUUGCAGGAUAGUCGCGCUUUUAGCCUUCCACCGAUCGAAUAAGGCCUAAGCGUUCGCGUAAAUAAACUCUUGUCGGAUGUGCAUUGUCUUUGAUUCGGGUGAUUAAAAAUACAGGGCGACAUCGAGUCCGGACAAUGUCGUGAUUACGCCACUUGUCGUAUCACUGAUAUCGGUCGUUACUUCUCUUAACGUUUCUAUUUAAUAUUUUUGUACUUCGUUACCUAUUUAUAUUUUAGACCAUUAAAGUGACGAAAUAAGUUAUCCAGUAUUUGUUCGCUAUUAAUCCCACCCUUUGCAGUUUAAUUUUCCACGCAAACCAGAAUAUUUCAUUGAUGUGUUGCGAUGUGAUGUGGUGAUAUCGACAUUUCCUUAGAUGUAAAAGUAGGACAGUCACGAUUAUGUACAUAAUUUUAUUAUUUGCUUAUUACAAAAGUACCUCUUGUUUCAAAUUGUACACCUUGCUUCGAUCGCAUCCCCCUUCGAACUGUAUGGUGACAAAUAUAAAUCGUCUGGUUCGAUUAA